ACAAAUUUGUUUUUUUUUUUGCCUGCCAAAAAGUUUAUUAUUAAUUAGCAUCAGUUAUUUCAAGAUGUUAAAUGUAUUAAUCUUUAGAAAAUGUGAAGAGUAGCUUUUAAAUUGUAGAUAUCUUCUUACAAUUCUGUUAGGCUCUAUUCGUAUUAUAUUGCGUGAUCAUAGUUUAAAAGAUUAUAAUAUUUUUAUUAAAAUAGUCAUCUAAUAUUAUAUUGUUUUGAAUUAAAAUAUUUACUCAGUUUUGUAUUAAUUUCUGCUGAGUAUGGUAGGGGCAGAGGGAAUUUCCGGUGGAGCGGUGAAAUGCGUUGAGGGAAUGUCUAAUGUUUUUUUACCUGGAGAAUUUACCUAUUUUGAAUAGAUUAAAGAUUGUUUCGAUGUUUUUAUCAGGCAUGGACAAAUUUUAUGGUUUGAAGGCGUGACCGACUAAUGUUAUUUCUACGACUGGAUCCUACUUUGUUCUUGUGUCUGGAACAUUAAGUUUUUUUAAUGGUAAAAUAUUAAGUUUUUUUUUUGGUAAAACAUUAAGUUUGUACUAUUUUUCAAUAAAUGUAAAGUUGAAAAAAAAAACUGGACACAACAUAUGAAGAUUGAAAUACAAGCAACACUCAGACCAAGAAGAGCGACUGGCCAUAUAUAACUCAUUAGUGUCAUCUAUAAGGGAAACACAGCACAUGCAGCUACUAAGCAUAAAAAAGGGUUUACAGCUUUAUUAACAUAGAAAACCAACCAGGUCAUAUUGUGGCAAACGUUUGACACUAAAAGUAAACAACUUAACAAGACCAAAUUCGAUUAUACAUUUAAUCUGCAGAGUCAAACAAAGACCAAGAUCGACUAGAUAGCUAAUCUGCAGUGCAGAAGCUGAGGUCAACAGGGUAAAGCCAUAGAUUUUCAAACAUAUACCCGGAGCAACGGCGGAGAAGAGUUAGGCAACAAGACCGGACGAGAUCUAGGAUCGUCGGAGAAAUCGAAGUUUAUGUCACCACUGAAGUCGAGACAGGUCGAACAUACCUAAGCUAUCUUUUUCUUUUUUUUUGGAAAAAAAAAAAUAAUGUUUUCUGUUUUAAUAUUUAAUGACCAUGUUGUAUAGGUAAUGGUAUCCGGAACAUAUAAUAUAGAGAGGAAUGGGGUUUGUGUUCUUCUUUUUUCUGGAGUAUGUGUGGAAACUGGAAAGUCAAAAGUAAGUUCUUUUAUCUCUAUUAAAAAAAACCUAACUACUUCUUCUUCUUCUUCGUCUGAGCAUAUCUGGUCAUUUUGUCAAAAAAAAAGAAAAAAAAAAUGUUCAGACGUCUUUCUUUCUUAGUUUUAUUUUGUACGUCUGCAUUAAGCUUCGAACUGUGGCUUUCAGAAAAAAAUGAGAGAAUUGUGUCCCUGAGUUCAAUCUUCGAACUCGGUCUCUUCAAAGAUGGUACUGGUUGGUAUUUGGGAAUCUGGUUCAGACAAUUCCCAGAAAAAGUAGUAUGGACCGGUAAUCGGGGCAGUCCUCUCUACAGUUCCGUAGGAAAACUUCAAAUAAGCAGUUCAGCUGGGAUCCAACUCUUCGACGAGUCUGGCUACAUGACGUGGCAUACAGAUCUCACAAGUCCUGCUGCUGUAGACGACGCGCCGUUGACUGCUUAUCUGUCCGAUAUUGGAAAUCUGACAACAACCCAAAUGGGAUCUUGUGGCAGAGCUUUGAUCACCCAGCAGAUGUUUUACUUCCAGGCAUGAAUCUUGGAAUGGAAUUGUUAAGUUCUGGCACGUUCUACUACGGGGCAGGAGGGUAUCAAUAUUACAUAUGGGAGUCUUCUAGGAAAAUUUAUCGUAUCGACCCCAUAUACUACGGUAGAGAGUCAACCAAUAGUUACACUAUCAGUUUGCCCAGGGCCACAACGACCAACUACCACGCAACUUUGAAGCUGUUCCAUACUGGCUUGUUGAUCUGGUCCGAGUGGACUCGGAGAGAUAGAAAGUGGAAGGAUUUGGUGAUUGCACCAUCUGAUAGUUGCGAUAAAUACACUACAUGUGGAAGUGGAACCAAUGCGUACUGCUCUAUGAACCCGCUCAAGUCUUUUGAAUGUUUCCCAGGGUUUCGGCCUCAAACUGAUUCGGAGAGGAAUCAAGACAGCAGCUACGUUUCACAUGGACAUUGCGUGAGGAAAUCGCCGCUGGCCUGCUCCGAUGCUGAUGGGUUUCAGCUGCUGAAGAAUAUGAAACUUCCAGAAACUGAUAAUUGGACAAUCUCUUACGAGGGAGUGGGUUUGGAGGAAUGUAAGGAGAGGUGUCUCAGGACCUGUAACUGUACGGCGUUUGCAAACACGGACAUGCCAACUGGUGUGCGGAGUUGUGUGAUGUGGACGGUAAGCUUGGAGGAUACUCGACGUUAUAGCACCAACCGGGGUCAAAAUCUUUACGUCAAACUGGCUGCUCUUGACAUAAAAGAAACGGAUCAUCGGAUUUACCGUUGGCGCAAUCGUUUUGCUUCUUCUAAUUGUCGUCGUCACGUUCUGCUGCUGCUGGAAGAGAUACAAUAAUGCAGUUUUGUUAGGUAAACACUACCACUUGCUGUUCAAUUUCGACUUUGAAAGUUGGUCCUGAUCUCUCUUUGUCAAUUGUAGCACCUGCAGAGGUAACGAACCAAAACCUACCUGCGGAGGAGGAGGAGGAGGAGGAGGAGGAGGAGGAGGAGGAGGAGGAGGAAGAGGAGUGGCGGACGGAGGUGGAUGGGUAUAGGGUCCUGUGCCCCCUACUCUUUUUUUUUUUUUUUUGCUUAGAUAACUUAGUUUAUCCACUAAACUAAUAAUCUUAUAAUUAUGGAAAAAAUUAAAAGGUGCCUCCAAUCUAAUUUAAUUAUUGUUGUUUUUAGCACUGUCACCCCUACAGAAAAUGUUUCUAGAUCCGCUCCUGAGGAAGAGACGACUGGUAGUUUGACAUCUUUAUUCAUGGAGUUUGACGUCAUCGCCCAAGCCACAAACAAUUUUUCAGAUGAAAUCGGAUCUGGUGGCUUCGCCAAAGUUUACAAGGGGAGGUUACUUGACGGGAAAGACAUAGCGGUGAAACGUCUUUAUAAACUGACAACUCACGCAAUCCAAGGGUUCUGGAACGAAGUGAACCUCAUAGCAGUUCUGCAACAUACGAACCUAGUUCGACUUAUUGGUUUUUUCGAUGACCCCGAUACCAAGAUUCUCGUCUACGAGUACCUGCCAAGAUCUAGCCUCAACACUUACAUUUACAACACAACCCGGAGCGAUGUGCUUGAUUGGAACAAACGUAUGGACAUCGCCAAGGGAAUUGCUCGAGGGCUACUAUAUCUUCACCAAGAUUCUAGGGUUAGGAUCAUUCACCUUGACCUCAAACUUAGCAACGUCUUGCUUUGUGACCAAAUGAUACCUAGGAUCUCGGAUUUUGGAACGGCUAAGCGCCUUGAUGGGGAAGAUACUGAAGUUGUUGCCAGUAGAGCGACUGGAACUUAGUAAGCAAUAAAGAUCCUCAAUCCAUUCAUGCAUAUAUAUAUAUACCUUUCUCGUUUAAUCUUUUUUUUUUAAAUAAAUAUUAUUUAUAUAUCGCAGCAGCCAGUGCCGGCUUUGGGGUGGUGCUGAAGGUGCAAAUGCACUGGGCCCUUUUAUUUUCAUUAGAAUUUUUUA